AUGGAGACGCGUGGCCCUGGCCUGGCGGUCCGCGCUGACAGCCGUCGACUAGUCGGCAGCGGGUCUCGGGCGCCCCCGGGGCGGGCUGGGUUGCAGCCCAACGGGCGGAUGGACCGCCGCGGUGGGGCGGGGACGUCGGGGUACGAGGACAACGACGGCGAGGAGGAGGAGCGGAAGGGCGGCGCCGCGGGCCCGCGGGGGUCUAGACUGCCUCCCAUCACAGGCGGCGCCUCCGAGCUGGCCAAACGGAAGGUGAAAAAGAAGAAAAAAAGGAAGAAGACGACCAAGGGGUCUGGCAAGGGGGACGAUAAACGUCAGAAUCAGAGCCUGAAGAGCCAGCCACUUUCUUCCUCCUUUCAUGACAUCUUAAGUCCUUGCAAAGACCGUGGCCCAAAACCAGAGCACAGACAGAACAAAGUGGAAAACAAGCACCUCCCUUCCGACUCCUCCACCAUCAGCCUCCCCGACUUUGCCGAAAUAGCAGACAGCCUUGCGAACCGGAUCAACGAAAGUCUGCGUUGGGAUGGAAUUCUUGCUGACCCGGAGGCAGAGAAGGAAAGGAUUCGCAUCUAUAAACUGAACCGGAGAAAGCGGUACCGGUGCUUGGCCCUCAAGGGCUUCCCCCCCGACCCCGAGCCCUAGGGCUUCCACGCCGACCCCAAUGCCGAGGAGACCCCUGAGAACUUACCCUACCUCUCGGACAAAGACGGCAGCUCCAGCCACAGGCAGCCCACGUCGAAAGCCGAGCGCCCCAGUCUCUAUUUUGAAGGAAACCUUACCCCAAAGCUUCUACACUCUGAUUUAGCUCCUACUCUGCUGGAGUAA